CUAAAAUCUGUUAAACCAUUACUAUCAGCUUAUCUCAAUCAAACCCUUGGAAUCAAUCACACUUCAAAUAUAUUAUUUAAAUGCAUCAAAACAAUGAGCAUGAACUUUCCUACAAUUAUGGAUCAAAAUAAUCUGUUACUACUACUACUACUACUACAUGAAAUAAUAAUCCUCACUGAAAAUCAUAUAUAUACAGCUGAAAAUACAAAGGAAAACAAACAAAACCAAUUAACAUACAUAGUCAAACACUCUAUAAUUUUCACUGCCUCCUUAACUGUUACUUGUAUCUUCCCAAAUUUCCUGUCCUCAAAUGUCAGUCAUCACUCACUGAGUCACUGUCCAUGUAUAUAUCUCAGUUUAUUGCAAGCAACUUACUAUUCACAAAGUUUAAUAAUGUUUACAUGA